AUGGCAAGCUUCGACGUCGCAAGCCUCAUCCUACUCAGCCUACUUGUCAUUGUAACCUUGCCGAUCGUGCUUCGCCAGCUGUACGACGCCCUAACCCUCGACGAAGACGAAUACUUCGCGAAAUAUGGACUACCCACAAUAGACAGCGUCGCAACCGCGCACAAUGAGUACCUCAAGAUGGCACGGGAUGGCCUCAUGCCAAUUCCGAGACUGACCUCCGAGCACCUCGCUCAACCCAAAUCCAGCAUCUUCUUGACUACAGAAGGAACACAUGCAGGCCCUCAACAUCGACGCAUGCCGCACUAG